AUGUCCACCAACCCACCUAAUCUGCCUGGUUUUCCUGUUGUACUCAAUCGAUGUGCCUACCUUCUCGAAGUUGUGGACUGGUAUCAUAGAGUCCAGUGGGCCCACAGCAAGGCCGUACCGACGAUGGAGAAAUAUGAGUCACUCCUCCAGUACCUCGCGCGCACCAACAAAAAAGACCACCUCAACAUUUUGCUCUGUGGUAUUCCAUUGGAAAGUCGGGUCUUAGAGUUCCGUGAGCUCAUGCGGACCUUCUUGGCCAUCAAUUCACUCAACACAACCAACCCCCAAGACGUUUUUGCCGGCAUCCUAGUACAUUUCAAUAUGACAAGAGAGCUCUACCUCCGUCUCAAAGCGGACGAAACUGCGGUCGGCCGAUUUGAAGAUAUUGGCAAUGAGGCCAUUCACGAAGCUGGCAGGACGGCCACCAACCCAUUGCUCAUCGAGGGCCCCCCACACCCAGCUCUGGGCAGCUCCGCAAGCUACCCCGUAAUCAUUCCCGACACUCCUGAUCCACCAAUGGCGUCCAUAUUCAUCACCAAGUCGAUAGUUCGCAAACUGCUCCGUAUGAUGUCGGGAAUUGUGGAGCGGUCCGAAACCCAGUUAGCCAACUUGGAGUCAAAUAUCAAGCGCAACGAGCAAUCCUUCCAAUCCUCCUACAUGUCCUUGGUUCAAAAGCACGAACAAGAGAUGGAUCGCUUACUUGCCAGCCGGAUGGCCAAGUUGGUCGUGCAGACACAGAAGCUGGCCCAGGCGCACCAGGAGAUCUGCGACUUGCAAUCCGAAAUGGCAAAGUUGACCAAUGGAUUUGAUUUGAGCUGGCGUCGUUCCACCCACUAG